ACUUGAUAACGUCAGUAUCCACACAGUGAUUGAGCAGACUAGACGUAAAUAUGUCUCAAACGGAGCCGGAGCUAACUUUAUGGGACGAAUUAACGAGCCCUGUCAAUUUCACACUUAUCCUAGUUAUUGCGUACCUUAUUUACAAGAUAGUAAGGGCGAAAUUUGAACCAGAGCCCGUAGCUGUGCCCGUGCAGAGGUUGCCAAAGAUGCGCAAAGAUCUCACAGUACAGGAGCUAAGAAAAUACAACGGUACGCAGCCCGACGGCAGAGUUUUGCUGGCGGUUAACGGCGUGAUUUUUGAUGUGACCAGGGGGAAGUCGUUUUAUGGGCCCGGAGGUCCAUAUGCAGCUUUUGCGGGUACGGAUGCCACCCGUGGCCUAGCGACCGGGACUGUCGCCGGUUCGGACAAGGAUUACGACGACGUGAGCGACCUCACGCCAGAUGAAGUUUCCGCCGCGAAGGAGUGGGAGGAACAAUUCACUGGAAAGUAUGACAUCGUGGGGCGUCUACUAAGACCCGGAGAGACAGCCAAACAGUACAGCGACGAUGAGUGUGAAGCCAAGACCGAAGACAAGAAAUCACAAUAGACCAUACAGAGUUGACUUCAACGAGUGAAUCAGAUAAAAGAGACGUUCAAAUUAGUUAUUCAAUAUUUACGAAGCUCCUUGUACAAAAUAUUUGUAUGAUGGACUCAGUUACUCGCGUGAUGGCGUGAAAAAGUUAGGUGUCAUCUAUCUAUUUCUUUCUAGUGGCGUUAGACAUGACAGGAAGCCUAGGCAAGUUACAAUAGUUUAUAAAAAAAAUGCUAAUCAAAUCUUAAAUAAUGUAUAGAAAUGAUGAUGAGACUUUAAGACUGCGUCCACCGUCCAGUGGCGCCUUCAUUAAUGGAAUUGUGUUUUCGAAUAAACCAGUUAAUUUCUAUAAAAAUCAGUAAGUAUAUUGAUAUUGUAGUCCUACUAAGUAUAUUGAUAUUGUUCCCCAAUAUUUGAUUCAUGUGAUAUAGUUGUAUAUAACUUACUUUUGACUUUAUCACCUAAACGAAAGAAUAUGGCCAACAUUUGCCAUUUAGUUGAUAUAGCAAAAAAUUAGCAAAAUAAAUAUAUGUCACAGUAACCAAAAAUUGGAGAAACAGUACGACGACAAUAUUAAUAUACUGAUUUAUACAGAAAUUAAUUGGUUUAUUAGAAAACACAAUUCCCCUAACGAGGGCGUCACUGGACGGUCGACGCAGUAUUAAUUAAUAAUGUGCAUCUGCAUUCUACAGACUGAUUUCAAAAGAAGUAUUUUGGUUUCCAAUAGUCAUGUCACACAAAUAUGCUUUUAUGUUCGUCUUCUUGUUGUUUUUAUUAAUAAGUUGGGCAAUAGUUUUGGUUAAGUUACGUUAAAGUUAUAACAACUUAAUUUGUUUAACAAUUAGCGAUCUCUAAUGAUACUAUUAAGUGUAAUAAUAGUGUCAUUUUUGUAGCGAAUUUUGAACUAUUAAAUCAUUAUUAUAAAUAAACGUUAA